UACAAAUAUAAUUAAACUCUCAACAAAUAUGCACAUUUAACGGCACAUUGAAACGUGCUUUGAGGAUAAUCUUUAAAUAGCGUGGCGCACAUGCACACUAGAUGGCGCCAGCUCGUGCAUUAAGUGUUGCAUACGUUUAGGCUGACGAUUAAAUUUAACGUAUUUUUGAAAAAAAAGCAAAGCAAGCCAUUUUAAUUGGCAACUCUGUGCGCUGUGCACAACCCUAGAAUAAUGAUUGCUGCUGCUGCGCGAGAGCAAUAUGGAGUAUCUGCUACUGCUGCUGCUGCUAUCUGUGGCGGCAGUCUCGUGUCAAGUGCGUGCGAACCAACAACCAACGCUUAAACGUGGCGCCGGCAAAUGCAACAUGGUCACAUCGACAUCAACAUCAUCAUCAACAUCAAGAACAUUGUCAAGAGCAUCAGCAGCAGCUAACACGUUAAAAGUGAGCAAUUGUUGUGCGCUGCCAUUGCGAGCCAAUUUCUGGGUUAACACAUAAUAAAAUAUGCAAGCAUCCAUCCACCAAAAAUAAAAGGGGGUAACAAAUGUUUCAUUUUUGCAAACAUUUAACAUGUAAAAUAUAUAUGUAAAUACAUAAAAGUGCAAUAUUGGCAAACGAAACGAAACGAAAGAAAAAAAGACUAAGAACACAUUCUCGACAUCCUUUUGCAAUCUGAAUUGUGUUAGGCAGCUGAGCGUGUGCCAUGCGCACAUCGCAUCCUGACCUACAUUCCAAUUAUUGGUCAUCUAAGCAUCAGCAGCAGCCAAGUAACAUAGUCGCAAAGUGGAAGACCAACAAAUAAAAACACUCUCUCACACACACACACAAAUAUAAUAAAAGAAAAUACAAAUAAUAAAAGUGUUGCUAAUAAAAUGUGAACGAUUUCAGUGAAAUGGCCAGCAAUCGAUGAGAGCAAACACUCUGAAUACAACUCAAGCUCAAGCACAAAUAAAAAACAACCAACACAAAAAAAAAAAACUCAAUGCAUCGCCACAAAAUAUCUCGCACGCAUCUCGAAUCUCAAACUCAAACUCAAUCGGAAUCUGAAUCUGAAUCUCAAAGACAAACUCAAAUAAACGCAAGUUGCAAUAUGUUGAAAGCGAUUCGAAAGUGAUGCAAAGUUGUCGAUUAGAUAAAGAAACCAUAACAAGGAGCAGCCUAAGGACAAAAGCAUAACAAGGACAAGAACAAGUUGAACUAAAAGAAGCAAAACGAAGAAGAGCAACAACAACAACAACAACUAUUUGCAUUCCAAGCACUUUCAUUAUAUGUGCAUAUGCUGCGUGAUGAAAUCUAGAUUAUUUUGGAUAUUUGCAAUUAUAUAUUCAUCGCUACAUCACAUAGGCUCCGGAUCCACCUCGACGACAUUAAAACGUCCCCGAGCUGGCGAUCCGUUUGACACGUUUCCGAAAAACUUCUGGCAGGAGUUCUCGUCGCCGUUCACAGACACGCCCGAGGAUGAGGAACUGGAGGUCACCGAGACGACAACGCACGAGCCAUUUCCAUUCUUUGCCGAUCCGUAUACGACAAUCAACAUAAGCACACAGCUCUCAUCGAAUGUGUAUCUGCAUUGUCGGGUCAACGAUCUGCAGGGCAAGACGGUGUCGUGGAUGCGACGCAAGGGCGACGAUCUCGCUCUGAUCACAUUUGGCCAGCACACCUAUAGCGGGGAUUCGCGCUAUUCGCUGGAGUUUGAGGAGCCCAACGAUUGGAAGCUAUUGAUACAAUUUGCCAAUGAACGUGACGAGGGUCCCUACGAGUGUCAAGUGUCGUCGCAUCCACCGUUGGUACUCUUAGUAUACCUAACUAUAAUUGUUCCUCAUGUGGAAAUUCUCGAUGAGCGAGGAUCGGCCACACCGGAGAAAUACUACAAGGCUGGUAGCACCAUUGAGCUGCAGUGCGUCAUCUCGAAGAUACCACAUCCAUCGUCCUACAUCACCUGGCGCCAUGGCGUACGCUUGCUCAACUACGACACCAGUCGCGGUGGCAUUAGUGUCAAAACGGACAUGCUGCCAGGGAGAGCCUUGAGUCGUCUCUACAUUGCCAAUGCGAAUCGCCAGGACACUGGCAACUACACCUGCAUGCUGGGCAACGAGAUAACGGAAACUGUUGUAGUGCAUGUGCUAAAUGGUGAGGAACCAGCUGCAAUGCAACAUGCGAAUGGAACGCGAUUCAUGUCGAGUCCCGUAACUAUGGUUGUGUUUUUUAUAAUAUUUGCGAUAGUGAAACCGUUCCAGCGAUGACAACAUUCAGAAUGGCAGCAGAAUCGAUGGUAAACGGUAAGGCUAUCAACAAAAAAUAUUCAAAACAGAGCAAAAACUUCAAAAGUCAGAAAAUGUGGGGAAAAGUAUGAUGGGAAAAUGCAAAAACCAAAACAUAAAAAAAAAACAAAAAUCAAAAAAACAUAAAACAACAAAAAAAAAAAACAUUGAACAAAAAUCUUGUCCAGGAUUGCAUUUUCAACUUUUACUCUAAUCAUGGGUUGUUUAAAAAUACAUAGCAUAAAUGAAAUACUAAAAGUAAGAUUAAGAAUAACGAACAGAAAAUAUGUAUUUAAAAAAGACAUAUAUAGAAAUCAAAAAAACAAAGUCGUAUAUAAGGGCGUACGCAAAAAUACCAUAAAGAAAU